AUGCUAACAGCAACCAGGGAGCAAGAUAAGGAGGCCACUGUCUACGUUGGAAAUAUCGAUGAGCGAGCUUCGGAUAGUCUGGUGUGGGAGUUGAUGCUGCAAGCUGGGCGCAUUGUCAAUGUUCACUUGCCCAAAGACCGAGUGACACAGCUGCACCAGGGAUAUGGAUUCGUGGAGUUCAUCAGCGAAGAAGAUGCCGAAUAUGCCUCCAAGAUCAUGAACGGAAUUCGCCUUUACGGAAAACCAAUUCGCGUGAACAAGGCGUCGGCUGAUAAGCAGAAGACCGUGGAGAUUGGCGCAGAGCUUUUCGUUGGUAAUUUGGACCCGAUGGUCACCGAGCAGGUCCUUUAUGACACAUUCAGUCGAUUCGGUAAUCUUCUCAAUUUACCCAAGAUCGCGCGCGACGACAACAAUCUCUCCAAGGGUUAUGGCUUUGUUUCCUUUGCGGACUUUGAGUCUUCGGAUUCUGCCAUCUCCAACAUGAAUGGACAGUACUUGAUGAACAAACAGGUUUCUGUGCAGUAUGCAUACAAGAAGGACGGAAAAGGUGAAAGACAUGGUGACGAAGCAGAGCGAAUGCUGGCAUCACAAGCCCGCAAGCACAAUGUUCAGCCGCCAACCCAACCGUUGCAACCUCAAGUGCCUCGACCGGGCCCAGGGGUGGGCAUGCCAGGAACGCCUGCCAUGGCCAACGGUGAUUCUCGACCCAUGAGAAUGGCGCCCCCGCAGGCACCAGAUUUCAGCACGCCCAUGCCUUACCAAAACCUCCCCCCUCAUCGACCUAUUCCCCCUCCUGCACCUUCGCUCAACACCCCACCCCCUGGACUGCCAGCACGUCCCCCGCCAUCUCAAGCUGGGUAUGGCGGCCCGCAAUCGUUCGCACCGCCUGGCUUCGCGCAGCCUGCCUAUGGUCCUCCUGGAAGUGCGCCCCAAAUCCCACCGGGCUUCCAACAGCCAGCCUAUGGCGGUAAUCGGUGA